CCCAGCACUCGGUUCUCGCCUGAAGAAGAUCUCUCUCUCCAUACCUCUAAGCGCAAGCAGGAAAUCGCAAUCGCAACCUACCAGUUGUUGUCUUUUAUAGAGUGUUUAUCGUUGUGUGAUAAAAGAUUUAUACGAUCCAGCUCAAAUAGUAGCUUUAUCAAAUAUUCGUCAGCUACUCUCGGGCAGGCCACACAUCACCCAUCACGAUGCAGACUGAUAUAAAAACUGUGGCCAUCGUAACUGGGGAGUCAGCGGUCCCAACGAAACCCACAACGAAUGCCAGCAACGAUGAUUACGAUCCGCAUCUGAAUCGGAAUGUGAAGAAUCCCACAACAAACUGGCAGACUUUCGCCCACUUCCUGAAGGCCUCGGUGGGCACUGGGGUGCUGGCCAUGCCCAGUGCCUUCUCCCAUGCGGGCUAUGUGAAUGGCACGAUCCUCACACUCAUUAUAGGACUGCUGGCGCUGUAUUGUCUGCACAUAUUGAUCAACUGCAUGUACAUCCUGUGCAAGCGCCAGAAGGUGCCGUAUGUCAGCUUCUCGGAGGCCAUGAAUUUGGGCCUCAAACAGGGUCCACCCGGGCUGCGCUGCCUGGCACCCAUUGCCAUCCCCUUUGUGGAUGGCUUUUUGGCCUUCUAUCACUUUGGCAUCUGCUGUGUCUAUGUGGUGUUCAUUGCGGAGAGCAUUAAGCAGCUGGUGGACGAGUAUCUGGUGGUGUGGGACAUUCGUCUGCACAUGUGCCUGCUGAUUGUGCCCCUCCUGUUGAUCUACAGCAUUAAGAAUUUGCAGGUGUUGGCUCCGUUCUCCAGUGCUGCCAAUUUGCUGCUGCUUGUGGGUUUUGGCAUCAUUUUGUAUUACAUUUUUGAUGACUUGCCGCCGCUGAGUGAGCGCGAGGCUUUUGUGUCCUACACGGAGCUGCCCACCUUCUUUGGCACCGUGCUCUUCGCUCUGGAGGCUGUGGGCGUGAUCCUUGCCAUUGAGGAGAACAUGGCCACGCCUGGAGACUUUGUGAAGCCCUGCGGCAUCAUGAACUGGGGCAUGUCCAUUGUCCUGGGUCUCUAUGUGCUCUUGGGCUUCUUUGGCUAUUGGAAAUAUGGCAAUGAGUCGCUUGGCAGCAUAACCCUUAACAUUCCACAGUCGGAUAUACCCGCUCAGGUGGUUAAGAUCUUCUUUGCCAUCACCACUUGGAUAUCGUAUGCAUUGCAGGGUUAUGUCACAGCUCACAUAUUGUGGGGCAAGUAUCUGAGUAAGCGCAUCAAGAACAUCAAAAGGCAUUCGCUCUACGAACUGAUAUUCCGUGCUGUCAUUGUGCUGCUGACAUUUGCCUGUGCCAUUGCCAUACCGGAUCUAUCGGUCUUCCUGUCGCUCGUGGGCUCCUUUUGCCUCUCCAUUCUGGGCCUCAUCUUUCCCGCCUUGCUGCAGAUCUGCGUCCAGUACGAGCAGGGCUAUGGCCCGUUGCGCAUUAAAUUAAUUAUUAAUAUUCUGUUGCUAUGUUUCGGCAUCUGUGGUGGCGUCGUGGGCACCUAUGUGAGCAUUCUGGAGAUCAUUGCGGUGUACAAAUAAACUCAGAAACACACACACAAA